AUGGCAUCCAGCAUGGCCGACAUUACGGUCUAUAACAUGCCGACUUCGCCACCGAAUUAUGACAAAGUGGGCGUCUUCUAUAUCGCAUUUUGCGUUACCUGGACCACCCUCCUGAUCGCGGGUAUGGUCUUCUGCUGGUUCAACCGACGUAUCCCUAUUCUACGAGUCCGAGGUAUAUCGCUUUCAUUUGCUGCAAUCGCUCUGCUUCACGUAUACUGGAUCCUGGGACAACUGGUUUAUCCCAUCGGGGCGACCAUGCCGACCGUUCUCGCCUAUGAUAUCCAGUAUUUCGGCAUGGGCGUCUAUUUCCCGCUUGGAAUCGCAUUAUUUCAAGCUUCCAACCUUCGUUUUCUGCAUGUUGCCAAGAUGCAGAAGCAAUUCAUUCACCCUGAACUCCGAGCCGAAAGACGAUGCAAUGGUGGAAAUAGCUCAUGGCUAUGCCGUUUGCGAAACAUGGACUAUAUGAAGAGGACUAUGAUUUUCAUCGGCAUUGGAAUGGUAGUGCAGUUUAUAAUCACGGUCGCAAUGUGGCUCGCUUGUAAGAAAUACCAUCCGACAUAUGGUAUUCCAGGUACAGAGAUCAAAGGUGCUACUGUUGUAGAACAAGUGGUCUACCUCGGUCGCGGAUGGGAAUGGUGGCAGUCGGUGCUUUGGCAAGUCAUCUGGACAUGGAUUGCCGCUCCGAUCCUCAUUUGGAAAGCUUGGGGUAUUCGCGAUACCAUGGGAUGGCGUACCCAAACAAUUGCAUGCUGUGUUUCUGGUCUCCAUGCGACCCCGAUGUUCAUGGCUGCGACAUACGCGCCUGCCUUUGCGAAAAUCAAUGCUUACUUCUCUCAGAGUCAAUGGAUUGACGUGUCGAUCAUGAUGUGGGAGAUCUUCACUGUCUUCGUUCCCGUCUUCCAAGUUAUCAGACUAUGGGCUCUAAACAAGAACAUAAAGAAUUCAAUUACCAAGCGCUCGUCUUCCUCGAUGUCAACAUUUAUCAAUGAGCCUCCUUUGCCAGAUUGGAAGAGUACAUCCACAUCUACACUUGCUGAAAAGGGUCAAUCUGUCGAGUCCAUCCAUGGAUUUAUGGGUGACCGUCUAUAUACUCUGGAGGCUCUUGAACACGUUCUCAGCAAGAACCCAGGGGAACUGCAAGAAUUUGCCGCUCUAAGCGAUUUUUCAGGAGAGAAUAUUGCCUUCCUCAACGAGGUAGCAUCAUUACGAUCACGCUGGCCCGCAAUUCUCGACGAGCACAACAAGAACGAUGCAUUUAAUCAAGCACUCCGUAUCUAUGCGGACUUUGUCAGCCCCCACGAUGCCGAAUUUCCCUUGAACAUUUCCUCUCAGAGUCUCAAACAACUACAGGCUGUUUUCGAGAAACCCGCCCGUAUCCUCUUCGGAGAAAAGGCCGAGUCGAAUCCCAUCGCACCAUUUAUUUCCGAGACGUUCACACCCGCAUCUCAAGAGUUUGCUGGCGUCCAAUAUACUGGAGAUGUUCCGAGUGGCUUUGAUAUCACUAUCUUUAACAAUGUGGAAGAACAUAUUAAGGACCUGGUCUUGACGAAUACAUGGGCUAAGUUUGUGGACUCAAUGCGUCGCCGCUCAACGGAUACAGACCGCAGUGAUUUUACAGCUGUCUCGGACAACUCGAUUCGAAGUUGGUUAUCAGAUACACAAUUGAAGCUUAGAUCAUUCCUUUGA